UGUCAUUAAACGUCAUCAUUGUGCGCCACACACACGGAAGUACACUGAGUUACAGAAUGUUUAAUAUAAAUUACUGGCGUUUGUGAGUGUUUUCUGCGAAUCGCGUCGGAUUGUUAAAAAAAAACGAAGUGCUGAACAACGUGAAGAUGAGUGAUACAGAAAAAGAGAAGGGUCCUGUAGCUUUGCGAGAAGAGGGGAACAGUCUCUUCAAAGCUGGGGAUGUGCAGGGUGCUGUGUGUUGUUACACUAAAGCACUAACACUUAGUGACGACCGACAAGAGAGUGCGGUUCUUUUUCGCAAUCGCUCUGCAUGCUACUUAAAACUUGAGGAGUACAGCAAGGCGGAGGCUGAUGCUUCCAAAUGUCUUGAUACUGACCAAAGUGACGUGAAGGCCAGGUUCAGGAGGGCCCAGGCUUUCCAGAAACUUGGACGUCUUGACCAAGCUGUUCUGGAUGCCCGGAGGUGUGCCCAGCUGGAUCCCAAAAACAAAGCAUUCCAGGAUCUGCUGAGACAGCUGGCGGCACAGAUCCAUCAGAAGUCAGAAGAACUGAGCUCCACCGAUGCUCGUGUGCAACAAAUGUUCUCAAUCCUCUUAGAUACAUCUGGAAAAGAUUCGGACCGACAAAAGGCCGCACAAAAUCUAGUUGUGUUAUCUCGGGAAGAUGCAGGAGCUGAGCAGAUCUUCCGUAACGAUGGCGUGAAGCUGAUUCACAGACUUCUUCAGUCAAAGCAAGAGGAUGUUGUCCUUUCUGCUCUGAGGACUCUGGUUGGCUUGUGUACAGAGCAUCAGUCCAGAACUAUGGCGAUAGUAAACGAGCUGGGAAUGGAGCAACUGUGUGCAGUCAUGGGAUCAGGAGCGUCAUCUGUGUCUCUGGCCACUUGCCACCUGCUGCAGGUGAUGUUUGAGGCUCUCACCGAGGGCAUGAAGAAGGAGAUCAGGGGAAAGGAAGAAGCCAUACUUCCUGAGCCAUCCAAGGAGCUUCGCUCAAUGUUGCGUCACCUAUUGGAGAUGAUGCCAGCGUCAAACGUGUCAGGACCCGGCAGAGACAGUGCCAUCAACCUUCUUGUCAAACAAGUUCCUCGCAAGUCCUUCAAGAACCCGGACAACUCUCUCACAUUGUGGGUGAUAGACCAGGGGCUAAAGAAAAUCUUAGAGGUGGCUGCAACGGUGCCCGAGUCGUCUGAUGGUCCUCCCCUUACUGAUAAUUCCCACAUGAGCUGCUCCGUUUUGCUAAACAAGCUCUAUGACGAUCUCAAGAGUGACAAAGAAAGGGAGAACUUCAGCAAAUUAUGUGAAGACUAUGUUCAGCAACACUUCAGCCGUUUGGGUCUGGAUGCCAAGCUGCGAGCCAUCCAGACCGUGUCUGUGCUCCUUCAAGGACCGAGUGAUGUUGGUAACAGAACGCUGGAGAUGUCAGGGAUGAUGGAUGCGGUGAUUUCCCUGUGCGCAUCUGACGAUGUAACUCACCAGCAAGUCGCAGUGGAGACUCUUAUUCACGCAGCAGGCAAAGCUAAGAGAGCGUCCUUCAUCACAGCCAAUGGCGUCGCACUUCUCAAGGACCUCUACAAGAAGAGCGAGAACGAUAGGAUACGAGUUAGAGCUCUGGUGGGUUUGUGCAAGCUUGGAUCAGCAGGAGGGACAGAUUUCAGCAUGAAGCAGUUUGCCGAGGGAUCGACUCUAAAGCUGUCCAAACAGUGCAGGAAGUGGCUUUGUAACGAGUCGCUGCCCCCAACAUCCCGACGGUGGUCCGUGGAAGGUCUUGCCUACCUCACUUUUGACGCAGAUGUGAAAGAGGACUUAGUAGAAGACAAGAAUGCUCUCCAGGCAAUGUUUGAACUCGCAAAGUCUGAGGACAAAACAGUGCUCUUCGCUGUGGGCUCCACCCUGGUGAACUGCACCAACAGCUACGAGGUGGAGAAGCCUGACCCUCAGAUGGUGGAGUUGGCCAAGUAUGCAAAGCAGCAUGUGCCUGAGGAGCACCCUAAGGAUGCUCCUUCCUAUGUGGAGAAGAGGUUGAUGAAGUUGCUGGAGGCUGGAGUGGUUUCUGCAUUAGUGUGUAUGGUCAAACAUGAAAGUCCUGCUCUCACGGAUGCUUGUAGAGAGUGUAUUGCCAGGGUGUUUUUGGCUUUAGUGGAACGCCAGGAAGACAGAGGCACAGUAGUGGCACAGGGCGGAGGAAAGGCUCUCAUCCCACUGGCGUCUGAUAACACCGAUGUCGGAAAAGUCAAAGCAGCACAAGCUUUGUCCAAAAUUACUAUCACGUCCAAUCCAGAGAUUGCCUUCCCGGGAGAAAGAAUUUAUGAGGUGGUGCGCCCCCUUGUCAGUCUUUUAAGUCUUCACUGCACACUGCUGCAGAACUUUGAGGCGCUCAUGGCUUUGACCAACCUGGCUGGAAUCAGUGAGAGACUCAGACAGAAGAUCAUAAAGGAGAAGGCUGUACCAAAAAUCGAAGGCUACAUGUUUGAGGAGCACGACCUGGUCCGAGCGUCCGCCACUGAGUGCAUGUGUAACCUUAUUCUGAGCACAGAGGUGCAGAAGAUGUACCUGGCCACCGGCAACGAUCGUCUCAAACUUCUCGUGCUUUACUGUGGCGAAGAAGACGAAAGGCUGAGAAAAGCCGCUGCAGGAACGCUGGCCAUGCUGACUGCUGAGCAACCCGGCGUUUGUUCCCGCAUCCCUGAAAUGACGACACAUUGGCUGGAGAUCCUGCAGGCUCUCCUGCUCAGUGACAUAUCUGACUUACGUCAUCGUGCUGUUGUCAUAGUUCAUAACAUGAUGCAGGCGGAGAAGAGUCUGGCUGACAAGCUCAUUGAGAGUGAAGUCCUGGAAAUUCUUUCAGUCUUGGCAAAGGCAGGAGAGGGCACACCACAGCCGGUCGCAAAGAUAGCUCAGAACUGCUUGGAUAAGGCGAUGGAGUACGGCAUCAUCAUGAGUAGAGAAGGAAAGGAAUAGACAGAAAGAACUCCAUCGCACAAUGCGUCAAUUGUGUGAAUUUGUCCCAUCAUGGCAGUAAACCUGAAGACUGAAGCUGAAAACAUAAUGAAAAUAUUUUAAAAUAGGGCUGCACGGUGUUUGAGUGGUUAGCGCACAGGCCACACAGCUAUGAGACCCGAGUUCAAUUCCACCCUCGGCCAUCUCUGUGUGAAGUUUGCAUGUUCAUUCCGGUUUCCUCCCACAUUCCAAAAACAUGCUAGGUUAAUUAGCGACUCCAAAUUGUCCAUAGAUAUGAAUGUGAGUGUGAAUGGUUGUUUGUCUAUAUGUGCCCUGUGAUUGGCUGGCGACCAGUCCAGGGUGUACCCUGCCUCUCGCCUGAAGACAGCUGGGAUAGGCUCCAGCACCCUCGUUGAGGAUAAGCGGUAGAAAAUUAAUUAAUUAAUAUUUUCCAAGUGUGGACGGCGGUCCAGUGGUUAGCGCACAGACCUCACAGCUAGGAGACCAGGGUUCAAUUCCACCCUCGCCCAUCUCUGUGUGGAGUUUGCAUGCUCUUUCCCGUGCAAGCGUGGGUUUUCUGCGGGUACUGCGGUUUCCUCCUACAUUCCAAAAACAUGCUAGGUUAAUUAGCGACUCCAAAUUGUCCAUAGGUAUGAAUGUGAGUGUGAAUGGUUGUUUGUCUAUAUGUGCCCUGUGAUAGAAAAUGAAUAUUUUCAAAUAUUUCAAUAAUUGGUAAACGUGAUUAGAUGAAAACCAAACAAAAAUGUAUGUUUUUUUUCACAACCUUUUGAAUUUUUUAAUGAAUAUAUUUAUCCCAAUAAUGUAUGUUUGUGUGUAAUCUAUAUAAAUGCACAAAAUAUAUUUCACUUUUUAUACUGUACCAUACUUUUAUUGGACACAUGCAUUAGUUAAUUUAUAGAUGCUGAUCUACGUACUUACUAUUUCACUGCUUCGCUACAUUCCCAAUUUUGUGUUUGGGUUCCACAAUGAAAAAUAAAAAGUACGCAAUGACACCA